AUGUCCCAAUUUAACAACCCUGAAGAUGCAGAAUCUUCCAAUAUUUUCCAAAUAAAAGUAAUUACGUGGUCCGAAUACGAGCAUCAAACUCCAAUUUUACUCCAGGAUUUAAAUGGUCCAUGUCCGCUAAUUGCCCUUGUGAACACAUUAUUGUUGAAGAAUGAAAUAGACGUUCGGAAUGAAACGUUUAAUCCCGUUCAAGACGAAUUCCAGGUUAACAGACAAAGAAAAUUUGGUGGAAUAAACAAUUUGAAGUUAUUAUUGUUAAGAGAUCACUCAAAUACGGGAUCAAUUGAAUUAAGUAGAUUACUAUCUCAAUUGGGUGAUAUAUUGCUAGUCAUGCUAGAAGUUCAAGGCAACAAGGUUUCUAAUUAUGAUCUUGACAAUUUAUUAAAAAGUUUGCCAUUAUUACAUACUGGUCUCUCUGUUAAUCCAAAUCUCAUAGACGGUAAAUUCCCACCAGAAGAUUUAUCAACAACAUUAUUUGAUUUAUUUGACUUAAAGCUCAGACAUGGUUGGUACUUUUGUCCAUCUUUUGGGAGUUCAUCUAAUUCGACCGAACCUGACGUUGGUAGUGGUGUUUCUUUGGAAGGUAUCUUUCGUGAACUACAAACCUUUGAUGAGAUUCAAGACUUCUUGCUUUAUGAACCCAGAAAUGAUAUUCAAGCCGAUGUUAGAAUUGAAAUUCAAGAAAAGCAAAGGAUGAUGAAGGUAUGGUUAGAUAAUAAUCCCACGCAAUUGACUGAUGCUGGAAUUAAACAUUUAAAUAAGACACUACAGCCUGAAGAAUUCAUUGUUUUCUUCAGGAAUAAUCACUUUAGCACUCUUUAUAAAAAGGAUGAAAAUGAUUUUUAUUCUUUGCUUACUGACGCUUCCUUUGAUAGAAGCGAUAAAUCUUAUAAGAAUAUUGUUUGGCAAUCGUUUAUAUCGGUAUCUGGUAAGGAUGAUUUAUUUUUCACGGGCGGCUUUGCCCCUGUGCUAGGAGACGAUGAAUCGAAUGGCAACGAUGAUGAUUAUAUGUUAAUAAAGCAAUUACAAGAAGAAGAGGAUGAAGCAAUAGCCAAGCAGAUGCAGCAGCGGUAUAAUAAAGAUGAAACUAAAAGAAAAGAUCUGGCUUCAACCAAGAAAUCGGAUAAAAAUACAGCUAAUAAGAAAGAGAAGAACUCACCACCAUUAAACGAAUCAAAUAGCAGUCUGAAAACUAAACUGAAAAAGAAGUCUACAUGUAUAAUUGUCUAG